GUAUAUUGGAGUUGGCUGUCGAGCAGGUAGCUGCUUCCUUAAAAAGGGUUUGUUUACGGCCGGCGUUGACGGGGCGACAGACCCUGGGGCCGCGCUGGCCAGGCGAUGACCUCACCGCACCCGUGCACCCCUAGCCCGAGCUGCGCUUGAGUCUGGCUGCGCAUGGUGCGACUGGCUCCUCUGGCAACGCCGACGGGCAGUGCGGCUGCGAAGGACAGCCCACUGUGCUGCGCUGCGGUGCUGCCGAGCAUCCAGAGUCGCUGUUGCCGCUGACUGGCUAACCAAACUCGGCGCUUCCGGCUGCAGCCCGAGGCGGUGAGGUUCUGCCGCUGCGCUACGAGCCAGCCUCAGCCAUCGAACAUUUCGCCUGGACAGAGGCCGUCUUGCGCCGCAGGGCCCAUAUGCGUACCCACUUGCCGUCUCCUACGCUACUACCCAAUCUAUGGCACACACCAUCGCUCCGAAUCCUGCCCUUCUCUCGAACACCCUCAACCCCGCCGUUGUCUCCACCCCGUCACAUUCGACAGCCCUCACCGCCCCGCCCGGCAGCGGUGCCCCCUCGAACAACACUUUCCUCAUGUCUGCCAGCCCCGUGCGCAGUCGCAAAUCGCUGGGAGAUGGCUACAAACCGAAGAUGAUCUCCACCAUAGGCGCCAAGCCGGCCUGUCUUGUGAAUGCCUCCGUCACAUAUGUCGGCGACGACCAGAUCUACGCCUUCGGAGGCUUCGACCAGUUUACCGACGAGGUCUACAACCACGUUCUGCGUCUGAACCUGGUUACGCGCCAGUGGAACCUCGUGGACAACUAUGGCGAUAUCCCCGGGGUGCGCAUGGGCCACACCGCGUGUCUCUGGCAGGGGAGUAAGCUGCUCGUCUUCGGGGGGGAGAACGAGCAUCGCCAGCACCUCGCUGACGUAAUCGUCUUCGACCUCAAGACGGCGCAUUGGACGCAGCCCGAGCUGCAUGGCGUAAUACCGCGCGGCCGCGCCCGACACUCUGCAGUCAUCAACGACGACAAGCUGUACAUCAGCGGCGGUCAGACGGGGCACGACAGCGUUCUGGACGACAUCUGCUAUCUCGACCUCAAGACAUGGACCUGGUCACGUUCAUGGCGCUUUGUUCCACGCUACGACCACGCCAGCUGGAUCUCCAACGGCCGCAUAUGGAUUUUCGGCGGAAUUAACGAGGAUUUGGAGAAAAGCAAUGAGAUCUGGUGGCUGGAUCUGCGGGGCAGCCCGGAGUUCGACAAUGCCAUGAAGUAUGGGAGUGGCGAUCGUCAGCAGACAUCUUCACGGCAACGAUUCCAGGCACCUGCCUCCGGACACCUCACCGCGACCGGUAGUACCGGCUACACCGCAAACUCGAGCGUGCAGUCCUAUCACGGCAUGAGCUCAAACAGGUCGCCAUACGUUGCGCCCGGGUCCAUUUCGUCACUCAAGUUCCAUUCGAGUCCAAACCUUCCAUCACAAGCGUCUGGCACGCAUUUCCACGUCUUUUCAUCUGGCUGCCUCCUCGAUUUUGUCACACCAGCAGAACUCAACUGCGAAACAAGUUUGUCGAGCUUGGAGUUGGAUACACUUCGCUGGCAGAAGAUUGCAGACGGCAAGGACCUCUACAAUCCAAGCUAUCGCUGGCACUACUGCACAACCAACCCCGAGGGGACGCACGCAUGGCUGCUGGGCAGUCCUGUUGAGACGACAGCUGAUGGCACGCAAAACAGUGAAUAUCUUAGCGAUGUUCUCGCGAUCGAUCUACGCAAGUUUGGUAUCCUGGGCAACGAACUCGCCUCCGACGCGAGAUCCAAAGUGAUGCCAUCAUCAGAUGCCAAUGUUUCCUCUCAUCUCUCCGGCAUCGGUGCGGAUUUGUCCAUGACCUUCGACCAGGCACCAGAGACCGGCAGCGGCGCCGACUUCAUCAUCACUGCCGACGCUGACUACGACGACAACGUCGGCACAGAGCCAUCCAAUGACGGAUCCCCUGUUUCGCGGCCGAUCCAUGUUCACAAGUUCAUACUUCACGCACGGUGGCCGCACUUCGCUAGGCUGUGGGCGGCUCAGAUGUCCGAGUUCCACUCCAAAAAGAUGCACAUUCCAGAGCCAUUCUCUGCAGUCCGCGCCUUUCUGUUCUACCUCUACACCGACAGCAUUGCACCGAACCCGACAAACGGCCCCACUCUCCCCGACGUAGCCGGCAUGCUUGUAAUGGCCAACAUUUACGACAUGCCGCGUCUCCGCCUCCUUUGCGUCAACCGACUCGCACGCGAACUCGACGUCGAACACGCCGCGACGAUUUGGGAGCGCGCUGCCACCGCAGGCGAAGACUGGCUCAAGCAGCGAGCAGCGUUGUUCUGCAUGCAGAACUUUGGUCGCAUCGUCCGCACAGCCGGCUUCAAAAACUUGUCCGCAGGGAGCUUGAUCGAGCUCUGCAACGAGGCCACGCCCGAGGCGCGCGUCGUUGGCGCCGAGGAGCUCGAGAUGCUCGGCCAAGGCCGCAUCGGCCUCACAAGCAACCGCAAGCGCAGCCUCGGCAGUGCCGGCGUGCUGACCGCCGGCGAAGAAGAGGGCGACGACGACGCCGAGGACGACGGCAUGGACGUCAACUAGCGGGCUCGCGAGCUCAACGUGCCGCGGGCAUGGCACGCGAGGCGCACGGCAAAUUUGAUAAUGAACUGCAUUUCGGCGCGGCGCUUGGUGCUUUCUCCGCCCCGGACGGGGCUUCGGAUCUCACAUCUCCUUUCACAACGCAUUGCGCGGGAGUCUUUGGAUAGCGCGUCCUGGGCCAAGCGGCUUGGGUUCGCGCGUAGGUGUCUUAGUUAUAGCGUUAUACUCAACUACGAAUGUUACGGUCGUCUUUAUCGGUAAUGAUAUAUGUUGCUUCUGCC